AUGGCCACAACCGGAACAUUCCGGAUGGUGUCAGAGGAAGAGCAAGCACUGAGGGCAAAGCUGGAGCGUUUGACCGUGAGGGACCAUGGCCCCGUGUUUGGGCCCUGUGCAAAACUGCCAGACCACACCAUACAGAAGGCAAAGGAUGAACUGAACGAGACAGAUGACAAAAAGGUGUCUGCGGUGAAGGAGAUCCGUGCCAUGAUCAAGGAGAAAGCUGAUGCAGGGGAUGACCUGGCCAAGGGUGUGAAGGACAAGUUUGGUGACCAACCAGACAGCAUGCUGCUGCGGUUCAUCCGAGCCCGAAAAUAUGAUGUGGCUAGAGCCUUCGAGCUCAUGAAGGGUUAUGUCCGCUUCAGGCAGCAGUACCCCGAGCUGUUCGAGAACCUGACCCCUGAGGCGGUGCGCAGCACCAUCGAGGCUGGGUACCCCGGUAUCCUGUCCAGCAGGGACAAGUAUGGCCGUGUAGUGCUGCUUUUCAACAUUGAGAACUGGGACUAUGAGGAGAUCACUUUUGAUGAGAUCCUUCGUGCUUACUGUGUGAUCCUGGAAAAACUUCUGGAAAAUGAGGAGACCCAGAUCAAUGGCUUCUGCAUCAUUGAGAACUUCAAAGGCUUCACCAUGCAGCAGGCCUCUGGUAUCAAACCCACUGAGCUCAAGAAGAUGGUGGACAUGCUGCAGGAUUCCUUCCCUGCCCGAUUCAAAGCUGUGCAUUUCAUCCACCAGCCUUGGUACUUCACCACCACCUACAAUGUGGUCAAGCCCCUCAUGAAGAGUAAACUGCUGGAGAGGGUCUUUGUUCACGGUGAUGAGCUGGAGAAUUAUUUCAAGGAGUUUGAUGCAGACAUCCUGCCUGCAGAGUUUGACGGCAAGGCUCCACCUUAUGAUGGCAAGGCGACUGCUGCCAAGCUGUUUUAA